UUACUGUCAGGCACAUUCAUGGGCACCUCUCACCGAGCGAGGACGACAACAUGGCGGCCUCCUUGCGUCUGGGUCGUCAGGGAAUAUUAUUUGGCCUCAGAUUAGCGCAUGUAAAACAAUGUUUAUGGACGUCACCGUCAUGGCAGGAGCAUGUCAGGCUCUUCUUUCAGUCGCCGUGUUUUCUCGGUGUCACCCCCCUGAAAGUGCAGAUGCCGGCUCUCUCCCCCACCAUGGAGGAGGGAAACAUAGUCAAAUGGCUAAAGAAGGAAGGUGAGGCAGUUGCGGCAGGCGAUGCCCUCUGUGAGAUUGAGACUGACAAGGCUGUCGUUACCAUGGAAUCUAAUGAUGAUGGUGUCCUGGCAAAGAUCUUGAUGGAGGAGGGCAGUCGUGGUGUGCCACUGGGCACUCUCAUUGCCCUCAUGGUGGAGGAAGGGCAGGACUGGAAGCAGGUGGAGAUGCCCCCUCCAGAAGCUGCACCCUCCUCCACAGCCCCAGCUGCUGCCCAGGUAGCCGCUGCCCCGGCCGCAGCCCCUGCUGCUCCCUCUCCACCAUCUCCACCAAAACCAGCCACCUCAGGACCGUUACGUCUGAGCCCAGCAGCAAGACAUAUUCUGGACACCCAUGGUCUGGACCCUAAAUUGGCCACACCUACAGGGCCAAGGGGACUUAUCACCAAGGAAGAUGCACUGAACCUUUUGAAGACCUCGCCUGCACCCAAAUCAACUCCCGCCAUGACUGCCGCAGCUGCCCCGAGUCCUACACCCACGCCAGCAGCUGUCCCACCGCCUCCAGGAGGCAGACCCAACAUACCUCCACUCUCUGUACCAGGGAAACCAGGAGCACCGGGCACUUUCACAGAGAUUCCAGCCUCAAAUAUCCGCCGUGUGAUUGCUCAAAGACUGACACAGUCCAAGACCACCAUCCCCCAUGCUUACGCCACUGUUGACUGUGACAUGGGUGCAGUCUUACAGCUCCGCAAAGACCUGGCCAAAGAACAGAUCAAAGUGUCUGUGAAUGACUUCAUUAUCAAGGCAGCUGCUGCUACACUUAAAGAGAUGCCAGAAGUGAAUGUGACCUGGUCUGGGGAUGGCCCCCGAGCACUUGAUUCUAUCCACAUCGCAAUCGCUGUGGCAACCGAGAAAGGCCUCAUCACCCCCAUCAUCAAGGAUGCUGCAAGCAAAGGAGUCCAGGAGAUCUCAGCUAAUGCUAAAGCACUGGCCCAGAAGGCACGCGAUGGAAAACUUCUACCUGAGGAGUACCAGGGAGGCUCGUUCAGUAUAUCUAACCUGGGGAUGUUUGGUAUCAGUGGCUUCAGCGCGGUGAUCAACCCUCCUCAGGCGUGCAUCCUCGCCGUGGGAACGUCCAGGGCCGAGUUGCAACUCUCUGAGGAUAACGAGACCCUGCGUACGCAGCAGCUGAUGACCGUCACCCUGUCCAGUGACGGACGCCUGGUGGAUGACGAAUUGGCCUCACGCUUCCUCGAUAAAUUCCGCGCCAACCUGGAACGACCGCAACGCAUGGCCCUGGCCUGAAAGAUGAAGAGAGAAAGCGGAGUGAGAAAGUGGAGAGAGAGAAACACCUGCAUGAUGAAGCCUAUUUAAUGCCUGCCAAGGCAGAGGUCUUAGACAGUCGAUUCCAGUUCGUGUAACUGUUACCAUUGUCAUUGCUUGGCUCGCAAGCUAGUGGUACUCUUGUACGUCGUGUAUACUCUUGUUCUACUUCCUCUGCCGCGGCUUGCUUUAACAGAUAACCACCAGGCUUUGUGAUGGAGGAGUGAACCUGGACUGCUGCUGGAGUGGGAGAGGUCUCUAGCAGCAGAGAAAGAUGGCAUAGCAGGGUUUAUCCUACAUAGUGGGAGAUGUUCUUUUGCAGUGGUGGCUGUUCUCCACCACACUACCACGUCAUGUUUGUAUAUAUAUAAAGUUAUUGUUCCAGUCCAAGUCAUAUUUUUAAAUACCAUUGCAUCUGCUCUGUCACAAUGAGUUGAUACCCCACAUGGAACAUGUAACAAAUGGUGCUGUACCUUUGUUUUAGUACGCAACGCCUAAGAUAUUUAUUACAAGACAUCGGCUGGACAUUAACACGUUACUGAAUGUCCUCUUGACCUUAAACUCUGCCUCCUGCUGCACUACGAAAAAAAAAAAUCCAACAGAGCUCUUAAACAAAUCAUCCAUUAACGUUAAUAUGCCCUAAUUUAUUUAAGAUGAAACAUUGUGACAUCCUUUGAAACAAAUCUUGCAAGUUCAUAUGUACAAAAAAUAAACACAGUAGAUAAAUUGUUGGUGUCUGUAGAUGCCAAUAAAACAGCACCCUAACUGUUCAA